GCACCCCACAUCCCCACGUGGAUAGGUAACGAGUCGACUGUAAGGUAUGAAGUUCGAGUAGCUGUAUUAGUAUUGUACAUUUCAAUUUCAUAGUAAUUCUACUGAUACCAGCUACAAGAGUCAAAUAUCUUCCAGCCAGAAAUGAAUAACAAGUGAUGAGUAGCUAGAAAUACGUAGUUGAGACUUACCCAACGUGUAAUGUUGAAAUUUGUUGUCCAGAUUUGAUUUCAUUCUAGAGUUGAAACAUUGUCUAGCAGUUCGAAUAUUUUUAUUGCUGGUUGUAGAUUUUUCCAUUUGCGGUCAUGUAUAUUAUUCGUUCCCCCAUAACCUAAGCCUGAGCAUUAGCUAUGUUUGUAGAAGCUGUCACUUCAAAAAUAUUGUAGAGAAGUUUUGGACUAAAAAGUAGUAAGUACUAUAUCUAUAGAUAGAGCAUUGGCGAGCAGUGGUUGUUUUCGUAAUCUAAAAUAUUUUCGUACAUUGAUUUCUUAUAAUAUAUCUAUGAAUACUCUUUCAGCCAAUGUGAAGGAUCCCCAACCUAACCUAACCUCAAUCAACUACAUUCUGGAUACAUAGACCAUACAGCGAUCGUUUCCCGGGAGCCAAGAAGCUACCAAGAUCUACAGAAGCUGUGUAGGAAUAGAAAUAUUGGUUUUGAUAAUUUUAAUUCCUCGAAAGUGAUAAUUGAUUUCUCGACGUACUAGAAUCAUGUCGUUGUAGUUACCAGUUGACAUGUUGGUGAGCGCUGAAUACUUAAGCCGUUGUUCGCGGGGUGUGAGUCUUGUAGACCCUGUCUUGAAGUCUCCUAAGUUCACUUCAUCGAACCGCUAGAGAAUUGUUCGAACCACUAUCUUGGGGCAUCGAUCAUGUUUUGACCCUUUGUCAGUUAGCAGUCAAUCGUAUUUUUGAAUCUUUUUCCGGGGACGGGGGAGUCUCUUGAUUUGAUAUACCAAGUGAGGUUCGUGUAAGAAUAUGCGCCCAGCAUACGGAUGGUGGUGCAGUCCCUCGCUCGAUUGUCCCUCCAGUCGAUCUUCUAGUCUUUUAUACUCAGCUCUAAUAUGCAGAAACUGUGUAUAAACUAAAACUAUAGGUAAAAAAGUCAUCGCAAUAGCAAGAACAAAGUAUGCUCUUCGUAGAAAGCAUACGUUCGUAAAAGAAUUUGCAUCGUUCGACUUCGAUUUACAUCGUCCGAUGGGCCUCAACCUUAGUCGAGUAAAGAUUGAUAUUCAGCAUAGGACGUCAUCGUAUCGCCCUUUUGAUAUGUGAUGAAAACACAUCAUUUCUUCAGUUUCCACCCUCUUAAAGUUCUCUAGGACCUUCGCACUGUCUUGAUCUCGACACCAGCUUCAAGAAGUGCCUUGUCAGUAUGAGUAAGAUAGAUUGUCCUGUAAUAAUAUUCAACAGGAGGUUGUAUCAUGAACUAUGAACUACUGAGAAAGAACAAGAAGAAAUUGAAGUACCCAGAAUUUGUUGAAAUGCUGUUACUGAUGAAUAAAAUGUCCAUUAGAUGUUUGUCGAUCAUAAAUGUGAGUAAGUACUUGUUAUGUGGUGCUGUUCACUUGCUGUUGUAUUGAAAUAGAAUUCAGUUGUGUGUAUUGAUUGUGGAUGUGUAUAUUCAAUAUUACUGUGGAUAAGUUCAUGGAGAGUUACAGAUAAGGGUAAGUACAGUAGGCUUUCUUCAAAGUUUAACUUAUAUAUUGAGUGAUUGAUCUAUAAGUAUAAAUAUAAUUCAUUGUAGUUAAAGAUACAAGAAGAUUUCAAAUGAAGUUGUAGUGCUGUGUCACUUACCAAGGUGUGUUUCUUCAUGAGCACGGUAAUAAAUACUAUUCACACUAGAUGAAUUGAACUGCUAACUUAGAAGGAUUGGAUGAGCGAAUCCUUUAAGUCAUUCUCUGAGAGUUGUAGUCCGAUUUGUUUCUGACAGGAGCAAAAACUGGAUCACUUCUGUGGCGUGCCCGAGGGCCAAUCAGGCGAACCCUUUUGCUGGACAGGAUUACAAUUGGACGCCAACAAGAUCAACAUACGAGGACAGCAGCAGAUUGCUUACUAAGUGAGGCGCCAAAGGAGCAGCCUAUCCGAGAGCUUCGGUUCUCGUCACUGCGUGGCCAGAUCUUUAGUCAGUACCCGACGAGGAGGAUCUGCUUCUCUAUCUCCACUUCUGAGCUUAGUUUUUAGGGGGCCGGAGCCGUGAGUGCUGGUGACCGAAGAAACUGCAGAGGAUUCGGAGCUCUAUUGGGCGUUUUUGGAACGAAUACGAGCAGCUUCGGGGAAGUCGAUUACCAAAGCAACUUUUUCUGAACGACUCUAAAAAUCCGAAAGUGUAUGAUCAAGCAGACAAAGUUUUGUCAUCGGAAAGUCUAUAAGUCAUCGUCAAAUAUCAGAAGAAGAAUAGAACUGGAGACAAACAUCAGGAACAUCAACAACCACUUUGGAAAAUCCUGGUGCGAGUCUGGAAGUAGUUAUUCUCCAGUACAACGAACUGGAGGUAGUGCCGGAGACGUUCUCUUCUAGGACUGAAGAAAAUUAUCGUCCUGGUCGUCAUCAAGUACAUUGGAUAAAAUCUCGGAAUCUUUGCGCCUGCCUUCGAGGGAGUAGUACCAGCAGUUCAGAAAACAACGAGACCACCGUGACCAUGUUUCCUCAACAAGGAGGUGGAGGGAAGUACCCGGGUGGAAGCAAGGGGAGUACACCACGACGGUUUGAUGAUCCUCCACCACCCUUUCCGGGCCGCGGAGCAUUUCCGCCGCCAGUGCCGGACUCACCUGUAGAACGCGAGGUUCAACAGUGGAUGAAUGAAAUGGCUGCAGGUACAAAUAUUUGAAUCAAUCAUGUAGUUCACAUUCAUCAAGUGAGUAAUUCAACAUGGAUGAUGAUGAAUGUUAGAAGUAACUACUUUUGUAUGAAAAUAUGUAUCUUGACGGAGUUCCUAGGGUCUGGGUCUGGUCUCAACCUUGAUUUGGCAGGUCAAACCGGAGACAAAUAAUUCGCUGCUCAACUACAACUAGUAUCACACACUAAUAAAUAGGUAUGGGACCUGGAGCGGGUUCGCUCCUUAGCGAUCCGCAGUUUUUGAGCUCGCUCUUGCCUGCUCUUCGUGGCGCAGACAGUCUUUAUCAAGGCGGCGCGGGUGGCAUAGGGCUGGGACAGCAGCCUGGUGGAGUGAGUGCUGGACUUGCAGGUAGCUAUACCGGUCUCGGGCAGACAGCGCAGCUGCUCGGGCCGUGGGCGGGCGGACUAGGCGUUCAGGGUGGGCUCUCGCAGAACCCGUUUGCACAACAGAGUCCACAGCCGGGGUCCGCAGAAGAGGCAGCAGCCCUAACGACCUUGCUGCACCGCCAUCAGCUGCUGCAGCAAAUGGGCAACGCAGUAUCAGGUGGGGGACUAAGCAACAGCCCAAGUGGCCGCCUUUUGCACCAGAACAACGACUUCCAGAACAUGCAGGAUGGCGGAAAGCAUCGAGGAGGCUUCGGUCCUAUGCAGCAGGGAAAAGGUACUACAACUAACUCGUGCAUUUUCUCGGGACCACAAGAAACCAGAAACACGACUUGUGGUAAUGAUAUGGAACUAGUGGCAUUGCAAGGACUAAGCAAUCUUGCUGGUAGGAGACUCUUCACUAUUGAUAAAUGUUGACUUUCCUGCUCUCAACCCCAAUCAUGACCUGGACUAACUAUCUUUAUCCUGCUCACCUUCAGGCGGCGGCAUGAAGGGCCGCGGAAAGGGAAAGGGGGAUGGCAAACAGCAAAAGGGGAAGGGCUUUCAUGACCGACCCGAGUCACCAACGAUGGGGGGUAGGGGCAAGGGCGGAGGUAAGCAGGAAGACAGAGGGAAAUUUGGUGGCAAUAUGAACAAAGGCGGAGGUGUCGGCAAACCUAUGGGUUCGCCUUCGUCAAAAGGAAGCAACAAGGGCUUUGUCUCACAGUACGGCGGUGGAAAGGGCGGCGGAAAGGAUCAAGGAGGUGGUGGUUACCAAGGACAAGGAGGAAAAGGCAUGUCGCUCGACAGCCUACCACCAAACUGCUCUCAAACGCUCUACGAAUUCAGGAUGCGAGGUGUCAAAAAAGAGCUCCACGAAAUACUUCCUCACUUAGAAGAGUUCUGCAGGGAUCAGUACGGUUCAAGACUAAUCCAGCAAAAGCUACAGGUAAGGCAAUUUAUAGUUUUUGUUUUCAUUUCUACAACUUGUCCGUGCAUAUGCUGGUAUUAACGAGGCUGUUCACCAUCGGUGUCGAUCAGACAGUCUGGAGAAUGUUGAUGUAGUGACUUCGCACGAGAAUGAAACACUGCAUGAUCAUGGUUCCUAGGAAAGAUGCAAAAAUACAUCGUCUCUGUACAAUCAAAGCCUUCCACAAACAAACGAAUCCAAGGUUGCAGCUGCGCACGAGAAAAGCGCGUUUUUUGGGGCCUUAAAGCAGCACGUGAAGGAGCUUGUCCUUGACCCUUUUGCCAACUACGUGGUGCAAAAAUUCUUCGAAAGAGGCAACCGCGAACAGCGCGAAGGCCUUGCGGUGGAGUUGAAGGGGAAAGUCUUGGAGCUCUCAUACCACGUCUUUGGAUGUUGGGUGAUGCAGAGGCUACUAGAGUGUUUAGACACAAACCCGGAACUCCAGCUCGAAUUAGCGCACGAACUAGAGCCGGAACUGCUCAAACUUGUCGUCAAUCAAAACGGUAUUGAUUUCGAUUUCGAUUAAUUGGUCAAUUUUUUCGAUCACAAUCGAUCGAUAUGAAAGAAUGAUCCAUCAUCGAAACGUCCACAACCUCCAAGUAUCUACGUGAGUGAUACAAAGGACCAUCGUCCGCACUACGUGAAUGAUACAACCUAUCAAAUAUCGACGCGGCCUGACAAUGAAAAGCACAAACUAACAUCUGAGUUCGAAUUUCUCCACCCACGCUAUGCUACUAGGCAACCACGUGAUACAAGCGGCUGUGGAGAAUAUGCCUCCUGAAAAUACGCAAUUUAUUGUUCGGGCAUUAGUCGGACACGCUGGGGAAAUGGCCAGACACACCUACGGCUGUCGAGUACUCCAGCGCAUAGUGGAGCGGUGUAGCCCUCAAGAUGUGGAGCCAAUAAUGGCUGAAAUUAUACCAGACUUGGAAGAGCUAGUUCGGGACGAGUACUUUUUGAUUAUCUACUGAUAAUCGACCGAUAAUAAGAUUUCAAUUUCCGUUGCCCUGUAAUAGUUGUAUUGACUCCAUCGAUCUCUCUACUGAUCUAUCUUUAGAUAUCUUGUUUCGCAUCUUUUCCCCCAACAAUCACAAUGCUGCUCAUUCUGGCAUUUAGGGGAUGUAAUAGUUCCCAUCGCUUGCAUUUUUCAAAUCUUUGACUUUCAAUUACCACAUAAGGUACGGGAAUUACGUCGUGCAGUCUGUAGCGGAGAGAACAAGCGUUCCUAAUCGAGCAGCAGUUAUAGAUUUCGUUUCCGAAAACCUAGUGAAACUAGCGACAAACAAGUAUGCGUCCAACGUUUGCGAGAAAGCGCUGAUGUUUUCCGGCGAUGCCGACGUGGAGCGCCUCACUGGUAUUGUUCUUAACUUCCACUACGUCAAGGAGAAGUACUAUGUGUAGUUCAAGAUUGAUUGUAUUGGUUGGUGAGGCCCAUGCAUCUACAUGCUAAAAAGCAACGAACACGUUCUUAUUCUUCAUACGCUUGCUCAAUGUGCUUCUAUAACACAACCACUUUUCAGAAAUAAUACUCGGCUCGGACGAAGACCCGGAACCACCAAUAUUGAUGAUGGUGAGGCAUCGAUAUGCAAAUUAUUGCGUGCAAAAGAUGCUAGAAAAAAUCCAAGUUGAUAGCCCAUUUGUGGAAAGAUGUGCGAAGAGGUAUACAAACUUACAACAUAGUUUGUAAUGAAUUAGCUUCUAAGAAGUACUAGUUUUUGUUCUAGUUUUUGUUAAGUCAAUACUAUAUAUAAGGAGAGAGUCUGUCAACUACAGCUUCACCUUACAGAGUCGAUUGUGAGUAUCUCGUUCUCGUUCUUGUAGGAUCCAUCUGCUAGUCGCUACCUCCUUUAUUUUUUCCACCGCUUUCUCUUUUCUAAUGAGCAAGGUUGGAAAAUUCAUAUUUCAUCACCUCCAGGUUACGGAAUCAUAUACCACAAAUCCGCACCUAUGUGUACGGGCGUCACAUCUUGCAGAGUCUCGCGCGCCUGAACAUCAUCAGACCGGAAGAGAUCGAAGGGCCGCGUGUUCGACAGCCGAGAGGCGCGGAGCACGUGCGCGGACCUCAACGGACACCACGGUAGUUGGCGUAAACAACUUUGUGGUGGGUGGAGGAGGAAAUACUGACCUCACGUGUCGGUAAAACAAGCAAAAAGGUUGAUGUAAUAGCGGGUGUCUAUGAAGAGCACACCUUUUCAGUUCUAUUCGUAAAAUACGUCGAUUUUCAUUGUAUUAUUGGACGAUUACUGCUAUUCAAUGGUCUAGCUCUUCCUGCUUUCCUCUCUUGUUUAUGUUCGCUGACGCGACUAGGUGGUACUUACGAAUCUACGGAUCAUAAAAAUGAACUCUACCAAAUGGCGUCAUGGAAAUGAACCCCGCAAAAUUUGGCAAUAUUUUGAGAAGAACACAUUCCAGCGAAGUGUCGUAUUCUGAUUGUUGUAGUCGUAUUCUGUACACUUGAUAUGAGACCCCAUUCCCGCAGUAGAGUCACACCGAGCUCCACCUCUUGCACUGAUUUGAUAGAUCCAUUUUUGCCAAACCCUAAACGUCAGAACCCCAUUCUAGCAGUCGUCUCGCUUUUUUCCUAUGAUGAACUCGAAGAGCAGAUCAAGCAAGAGCAAUUAAUACUGUUAACAAGAUGGAAUUGCAGUUGUAGAUCUCGCGAAAAACAGACAGAUUAAACUACAGACAAGUUAUGCUUUAAAUAUAGUUACUUCUUUGCUUAUAUUAGACCACUUAAGCGCCCGGGGGCAGCUCUCCCUCUUCUAGAAUCCUCCACCUCCCUCAAGCACUUUCUCCGCCAGGGCGCGCCUCCUCCGCUCCUCUUCAGCUUGGUCGUGGUGGUUUCCUCGCGGAGUUGAUCUUCCGAAGAGGAGGCGGAGCAGAGGCGCCGCGGAAUUUCAGAGAGGAAAGCGCAAAGCCAGACAUUUGGAGACUUGAAAUUUUUGAAAUAUCUUUUGUUUCGCAUAAAAUUUGUUUUGAAUUGAAGUUCUGUUUCGUGCUUGAGGCUUCAGGUGUGAAGUGUGUGAGUAUACAGCUGGUAGUAGCGCGCUCUAGGUUUGAAGUAGCGCGCUCUAGUGGUUCAGGCGUUCCUGCGUUCGUGCGUUGUGUUUGUUAGUUCGUAGGUCAAUAAGAAAAGAGAGCGGAAAAAUUUGCUACAGGGGUCGCGUGUCUUUGGUUCAGGGGUUUUGGGUUCGAGGAUUUUUUGUGCAAGUGUUUGUGUCCAAGUGUUUUCGGUUCAAGAGCUUUGGUCCAAGUGUUUUUGGUUCAAGUGCUUUUGGUUCAGGUGUUUUUGGUUCAAGUGCUUGGAGGUUGGUGGGGUAAUUGUUGAAGUUUUAUUUAGCUCUUUGAUACUCGUAUACUACCUGCUACUGCUACUUACCGAUACAACUUUCUUCUAUAUUCACUGUGAAACAAUAAAACGACUAGUUGCUACGUGACCAAGAAAAAAUGAGGUUCGUUGUAGAGGCCAAUUACAUCAAAUGAAUUUUCUUGUCAAUAGAGGAGAUUUACUUGUCAGUAUAAGAGGAGCAUGGUCCUCGGAAUCGAAUGCUGUCGUUACGUCAAUCGCGACGCAGCUCGCUCAACUUUCGAAUCUUGCACAUCAGGAUGACUCUAGUGAAUUCAAUUUUUGUCCCUGGUUUGAUGAACAGUAUAAACUCAAUUUCUUUAUUACGGCUAACUUCAUAGAUAUCUCCUUCUUUCGUGGUUUAUUCCAGUACACGGCCACACACUAGUAUGUGAAAGAAUGUGAAAGAUACAGAUCGUUGGUUUCUGCUCGUAGGUGAUGCGACUGCUCGGGCCAUUCUUUAUAGGCCCUACGAUUGGGCGGGCCAUGUGAGCCGCAUUAUCUUCUUCCAAGAAUCAUUCUUCCUUUUCUACUGGCAAGUCUGGAGUAACUGUGAUGUACUUAUUUGCAUGAACCUUUGUUCUAUAUAUAAUGAGAAGAUGAUCGUCGCAUUAUCCUUGGCGAAUGUUAAAUCGCUGCGAUGAAUCUUGAAUGUACAAGGUGAGCUUACUAGAUUAUGCCGUUUUGAUUGAAGAGGGUGGCCGCGUCGUCUGUCCAUCGAGACCCACGAAUUUAGCCAUGCAGCCCCGAGUCGUCGCGUAAGUUUUCCUCGUAAAGAAACUGUGGAGGAUGAAGGAAGGGGCUAGAAAAUGAACAUCAUUCAAGGAUACUUCUUUGUGCUAUAUAGUGGGAACGGAUACGCGUCGUGAAGGACGAGACUAAGAACAACUCUCAGAAUUGUUGUGCUUAUUCUCACACGAGGUGGGCGUUUCAUUUUCAAGGUAAGUACUUAAGUAGAAAAAUCUCCCUCUAGUAUGGUGCAUUUAUGACAAUUACAGCUAUUUACGGUUAGGCAGAGGCCAGGCGCGAACGUCUCGUCUAUCGAUUGUGGCCUGUCAAGUCAUAGCGGCAUUCCUACUAUUGUGAACUUUAGUACUAGUGCGUACCCAGCGUUCUUUUACCAUCGGGACUCCUUGUUUUCAGGAUGCUCCUUCGAGGUCACCUUUAAGAUGGGGGGUCUAACGACUCUAAAACGAAGAACAUGGCCCCUCAGGAGUAGAAUAUGCUCAUUGCAGGGAGGUCUAGUACCGUCCCAGGUCUUUCUGUUUGUCUGUCGAAACAUUCUGCAGUAGCCUCUCCGGUUCAGUCUGGUCUCUUGCUGCGCCUCUGCGCCCAAAAAAUGAAUCUGAGUGAAACGCCAGAAAGAACAGAACAACAACUUGCGAACUUGAUU